CACUGUCCGCUCGCGGGCGCCGUGCGCAGGAGGGGCCGGAAGCGAUCGACGCCCUCGGCGCUCGGCUGGGCCGGUCCGAGCGCUGUUGUGCGCAGGCGCGGGGCGCGCUCUCCCUUUCAGCCCCGCGCGGAGCCAACAUGGCGCCCGCGCAGAAGAAGCCCGUGGCGAAAGGUGGCAAAAAGAAGAAGCAGGUGCUGAAGUUCACGCUGGACUGCACGCACCCUGUUGAGGAUGGCAUCAUGGAUGCCGCUAACUUCGAGCAGUUCCUGCAGGAGCGGAUCAAGGUGAACGGCAAAGCGGGGAACCUGGGCGGGGGCGUGGUGACCAUCGAGAGGAGCAAGAGCAAGAUCACGGUCACGUCGGAGGUGCCGUUCUCCAAGAGGUACCUGAAGUACCUGACCAAGAAGUACCUGAAGAAGAACAACCUGCGGGACUGGCUGCGUGUGGUGGCCAACAGCAAGGAGAGCUAUGAGCUGCGCUACUUCCAGAUCAACCAGGACGAGGAAGAGGAGGAGGAGGAGGAUUGAGCCCUGCUGCCGACAGCCAUUUUGUACAGUUUUGCUUUUCUGGAAUAAACAGCAGCAGAGUUGUUCAUA